GCAUAUUAUAAUUAUGUUAUAUUGGGGAUGAUGAUGCUGCUCCGAUCUCUGAUAUUUUGAGCCUAUUUUACUUCCAAAAAGAUUGCUUGAUUGUCAUUAAUUUCUAUUCUAUCUGAACUGGUUAUUUUGUCGUACGGUUUAAGGCCUAUUUUCAAGGUCUGUUGAUCGCCGAUCGAUGUUCUAGGAACGGGUGUUUACGUAUCUGUUCAAACAUUCCAUCAAACAUGCCGUACAGAGAUGACUUUUCCCGUCUUUGUGGAGCAAUCUUCUACAAGGACAAAGAUGGUAACUGGGACCGUAAGCUGGCUAUUUUAGACGAGGAAGAAUGCCUGUUUCGAUUUUUCAAUCCUUAUGCUUUUUGUCCGAAAACUGAAAAACUGUGGAAUUGUCCUGAUGGAGAAAUCAACACUAGACUCAUAACAAAGAUAGAGAAGAAAGAGGACUCAGCAAGUGAAGAGUCAGUUUCCCAGUAUUUUGAGAUCCAGAUGUUUGAUACCGCAAAGCAUUUUCUGAAAGCAGAAACCGAAGAAGAGAUCGAUGAAUGGAUAAACAAUCUACACAGAGUUGUUGUUGAUCCUACAAGACGCCAAGAAGGUAAAAUAAGAAGAACUAUCAAAAACACCUUGCCGAGAGAAAGUGAGCAAAAGGCGCCAACAUCAGAAGCUCAACUAGACCAGUCCCCUGAGCAUAUCAGUUAUGAAACAAAGAUCAUAGGAGGAGUUGUCGUGAGAAGACCUGUUUCAAAGAAAGUAGACUCAGAUACAGAAAGUCUAUCAGGAGGCUCCCACUUCCGUUCCAUGUCAGGGGGGCCUGGCAUCAAGACCAUCAAGGAGGGAUACAUGUAUAAAAAAGGAGCUGUUGUCAGAAACUGGAAGAAAAGAUACUUCAGACUGGAUAGGAAUAAACUUGGGUAUUAUGAGAAAGAUACGGACAAGGAGCCCAUAAGGUCAAUAGCAAACAUUGAUAUAAUGUUCGUACGAACUUGUGCAAGCAAUGAAGGAAACAGAGAGAACUUGUUCGAAGUUAUAACACCUUCAAGAACAUUUACAAUACAGGCAGACACUCAGGAAGAAAUGGAGAGCUGGGUCAAAGAAAUACAGAAGACUACAAAUUCAAUACAAGGAAGAUCAAGUAGUGAUCCGCUGUGACCAGGUCAUAUUGAGAUUAAUAUGUAAUGAAACUGCUUCUACGACUACAACAACAGUGACUGACAAUAAAAGAUGCUUGUCUGUGAGCUACUAUUCAACUACUGCUGUUUAACAACGUUUAAAAUGCCAAUGCAAAACCUAACAAGUAUUGGGAGUUCUACAAUCUGUUUUGCUUAGAUCAUAGUAGUAUAUCUUAGUAAAACUAGAUCUAAUUUUCGUUUGUGGGUUUUCCUAAUAACCUGUGAGAUGAAAGUAUAGGUAGUUUAAGCUAAACUUCAUUGUAGUAUCAAGGUAUCGGCUGCCUUCACUUUCUUUUAUAUAUAUAAAGGAGUGUGAGAGAAAGAGAGAGGAAAAGAGAGAGUCGUAUAAAGAAAAAGAAUUGCAAACUAUAAAGAAGGAAUGAUAGAGAGGGAAAACGACAGGCACUAAGCAGAGAAAAAAAUUGACGUUUAAAGAAAUAAUAUUUGAAUAUUGCGAAAAGGCGCUUGUAAACGAUGGAGUCCAGCUUUCUCGGCUAAAUAUUUCAUUGCUAGAAAUUGGUUAAAUGAGCCUUACGUAAAGAUAGUUUAUUCAGUAGUUAUAUAUCUUUAUCAUGAACUACUUGUGGCUGUGUCCAAGCAGCGUGUUUUUGCUUAUCGUCCUUGUUUCGUAUUUUUUUCAUGAUACACAGCCUAAACGUAUAAGUUGUUUAGUAAAGAAAUGCUAUUAGAGAGAAAGGUUUUUCAUGGAGAGAGAUGUGGUCUAUAGUUGUGACAUCAGAAAAGACUCAAAGCCUAGAAAAUCAUGGGUUUGGAAGUAGAGGCGAGAAUAAAGGAUGGCAGGAAAAGUCUCUUCUUUACCUGGUUUUCUUCAUCCAAUGUCAUAUUCAUCCCAUUCCACUUCAAGUCCAUCCAUCCACGUCCUCCACUUGUAUAUGAAGGGUAAAAGUGGACAAAAGGAAGAAAUACUGAGCAUCGGGGUACACAUAUUUGUAUGGAAGUUGGUAUAACAGUAAUAAUCUUUCUAUGACAUUUUUCUUGAAAUCUCCCUCGUCGGUCUUCCCCUACGUUAUUAAUAUAAGUGACCAUAUCCUUGACCACUGAAGCCAUUACAAAAUUAUGAAAAACGAGUUCACGAGCGUCCAAGUGGAAAAUUCUCCACAAAGUAGUCAUUUAUAGUGGAAAAGGUUUAAUAUUUUUUACUUUUUUAUGCAAAAUAAAUGUGACUUGUUUUUA